AUGAAUAUGUUGGAUGAUGAAGAUGACCAAAGCUUUCACGCUACGCGUGACGGCUACUCCCAUUUGAGCGAUGUCGAAUGGGAUGCGGUUGAACGAAUGGGUUCGACCAUGGGCAUCCAUGCUGUUAGCGUCAUGCUAGAGGCUCUCAAUAGAGAUGCCCAACAUGCUACUAUCGCCAAGUUCAUUCAAAAUGAACUUGACGCUGAACGCGAGAAAGUAGCCUUGCUUCACCAACAAGGUUCUCAACAAUCAGAGUUGUUGAGAGAACAGGGUGCUCAACAGUUUGAACUGUUGAGACAGCAGCAGGCUGCUGCUGCUGGCGGGUCGAUGCACUCGCGUCGACCCGAGACUUUGAAGAUUGACAUCUCCAAGGCGCGUCGCAUCGACGACGGGGAUAUGCAAGUUGCAUUUGCCCAGUCAAAUCUGGCAGGACGUGCCAAGACUUGGGCACUGGGGCUCAAGUUGCACGACCCAUAUGCGUUUGGGUCGUUGGAAGUCUUCAAGUCGCGGCUCAGACAAACGUUUGAACCGCCUAGAGCUGAGUUCAGGGCUCGAACCGAACUCUUGAAGCUCAAACAGGGUAAGCGUGAUGUGCACGCUUACGCUCAACAUAUACGACAUCUCACGAGUUGUAUAAGUUCCAAUCCGGUGGAUGAACACACGUUGGUUUCGGUGUUCAUGCAGGGUCUUGCGGAUGGUCCCGUCAAGACUCACCUGUUCCGGCUUGAACUAGAUUCACUAGAACAAGCCAUUUCCAUUGCGGAGCAGGAAGACUUCAGUCUGAGACAGGCUCGCGCCAGCUCGACAUCAUAUCGUCAACCGAGACGAUAUGACAACGGAGGUCCAGAGCCGAUGGAACUCUGUUAUGUAGAGAGCGAGAAGGCUCGCUCUACAGGCUACAAGAAGUUGCAGAGAUGCAACAGAUGUCAAAAGACAGGACACUACGCUUACGAGUGUAGUGCCCCUCGUCCAGUGUCUCGCGACACUGGGCGUAGUGACCGUCCACCCAUGAGAAAGGGGCAGGGACGAGGGUCCGCAGUUGGUGCAAAGACGCAACAACGGGAUGGACCGUCAAAAAACGGACAGGAUCAGUAG